AUGGCCACCGCACUGCGCCGAAGACCUGUGGUCCACGAAGAAUCACCCUCACCGACCACAACCCCCACAGACACCCCGAGGACUGCGAGUCCGGCCCGAGAGGGCAAGGACAAGAAGAUUCAUGUCGUACACCACAAGCCUCGCACGCGGAAACGCCGCAACACGUUCAUCUUCUUGCUCGGGAGUUUGUCGGGAAUAAUAGCCGCCGGCUUCGCCAAGACAAAUGACCUGAUAGACUUUCCCGAGCUUGGUGAUCUGGGAAUGAGCAUGGACAGCUUGUUAGAUGUGCUGCCCGCAGGCUUGGUCAAGGAUAUGUCGGACCUAGUUAGAGGCGAACGCGAUUUUGUCGAUAGCUCUUCCGAGCCCUUCUCCGUUGGAGUCAAGGCCAAGGCUGAGGGUCUACAGGCACAUUUUCCCGUGGUCAUGGUGCCAGGUGUCAUCUCGACUGGCCUGGAGUCGUGGGGCACCGCCAACUCCUCCCGCCCCUAUUUUCGCAAAAGACUCUGGGGAAGUUGGACAAUGAUGAGGGCACUGGUGCUGGACAAGGAGGCCUGGAAGAGGCACGUCAUGCUCGACAAAGUUACGGGGCUUGACCCUCCUGACAUCAAGUUGCGGGCUGCUCAGGGCUUCGAUGCAACCGACUUCUUCAUCACAGGCUACUGGAUCUGGAAUAAGAUCCUAGAGAACCUGGCUGCGCUGGGAUAUGAUACCAACACCGCCUUUACCGCCGCAUAUGAUUGGCGAUUAUCGUACCCGAAUCUCGAGGUGCGAGAUCAGUACUUCACCCGGCUCAAGAUGUACAUUGAGACAGCGACCCUGACCUCGGGUCGCAAGGCUGUGCUAGUAUCUCACAGCAUGGGCAGCCAAGUGCUGUUCUACUUUUUCCAUUGGGUCGCCUCGCAAAAGGGCGGAAAGGGUGGUGACGACUGGGUAGACCGUCAUAUCGACUCAUGGAUCAAUAUUAGCGGCUGCAUGCUAGGAGCCGUGAAGGACCUGACGGCUGUUCUUUCCGGAGAGAUGCGAGACACUGCCCAGCUCAAUGCAUUUGCCGUAUACGGCCUCGAGAAAUUUCUCAGCAAGGAGGAGAGAGCUCAGAUGUUCCGCCAGAUGCCUGGCAUCUCGUCAAUGUUGCCCUUAGGGGGCGACGCCGUCUGGGGAAAUGCCACAUGGGCACCUGAUGACCUGCCUGGGCAACAAAAGUCUUAUGGUCCAGUUUUGAACUUCAGGAAUGGGUAUGGGUAUAACAAAACGGCACCGACAAAGAACUUGACGGUUAGCAAUGCCAUGCAGUACUUGUUCGAUACAAGCGAAGAUUGGUAUCAGAACAAUGUGAAGCGAAGCUACUCACACGGGGUUGCCAACACCAAAGCCGAAGUGGAUGCGAAUGAGAACGAUCCCACAAAAUGGAUCAACCCGUUGGAGACUCGCCUCCCGCUCGCACCGAAUCUCAAGAUCUACUGCUUCUAUGGCGUUGGCAAGCCGACAGAGCGUGCAUACUACUACAGGACGCCUGAGUUCCCUGCGUUGACAAAUCUCAGCAUCACCAUUGACACGGGGCUGACACGAGGUGAAAUCGACCACGGAGUGGUGCUGGGCGAGGGCGACGGGACGGUAAAUCUGAUUAGUUCAGGUUACAUGUGCAACCACGGGUGGAAAUACAAGCGGUACAACCCGGCUGGAGCCAAGGUAACCGUUGUCGAAAUGCCGCACGAGCCAGAUCGAUUCAACCCGCGUGGUGGCCCCAACACUGCGGACCACGUCGAUAUCCUCGGGCGGCAGACUCUGAACGAGCUGAUCCUCCAAGUUGCGGCCGGAAAGGGAGACUCCAUCAAGAAUCACAUCGUCAGCAACAUAAUUGACUAUGCCGCCAAGGUCAAGGUGUAUGACGAUUACGCCAAGCACGGUUCGCAAUCAGCUUAG